GACGAUGUUUGAACAUGGAAUGCACAUGUUUUGGUUUUAGACUAGUAACGUUAAGUAGCUGAAUAUCCAUUACGAGUGGUGUUAAGGGAAAAAGUCCUUCCAUUUCAAGGUUCAAACCUUAUAGAAGUUGUUGCUAAGGUCUUAUUGAAGAUGGGCAAUUCUCAGUCUGACAGUGAACGCAGUUUUCAUGACAGUGAACUCAGUUUUCAUGGCAGUGAACUCAGUUUUCAUGACAGUGAACGCAAUUUUCAUAGCAGUGAUAGCAGUUCUGAUGGUGAAGACAGUUCUGACGGUGAAUGCAGUUUUGAUGGUGAAGACAGUUCUGAUGGUGAAUGCAGUUCGGAUGGUGAACGCAGUUCCGACAGUGAAUUGAAUUCUGAAGAACCCCCCAGAAAGAAAUAUAAAAUUUCGAGUCUUACAUACCGAAGAACAAAGAUUCAUGAUGCCGUUUCCUGUUGGGAUAUCAUUACUCUUAAAGAGAUUCUUCAGAAUGAAAUGCACUUGGUAGAUGUGCAAGACGAAUACGGAAAGACAGCCUUACACAUAGCUGCCGAACAAGGGAAUAAGCAAAUAGCAUUACUGCUUUUGUCUGUGGGUGCUGAUAUGAGCCUGCAAGAGCAAGCGGGCAUGACCGCUCUCCAUAUAGCUUUGAAACAUAGCUACGAAGAAACAGCAAAAGUUCUUACGAACGCAGAAGCGAAGAAUGACAUACAAGAUAAAAAUGGUAAGACUGCCUUGCAUUAUGCAACAGAAAAGAAAUACAUAGAAGUUGUGAAGAAACUUUUAGCUGCUGGUGUUAAUACCCGACUUCAAGACAAAUCGGGAAAGACGGCCCUCCAUGUAGCUUUGAAAGAGCGUAGCCAAGAUGCAGCAGAAUUGCUUGUCCAGGCAGACUCUACAAACAACAUUCAAGAUAAAUGUGGAAAGACUGCAUUACAUUAUGCAUCAGAGUGGAGUUGUAAAGGUGUUGUAAGGAAAAUGUUGGCUUCAGGUGCUAAUACCAGUCUUCAAGAUAAAUCGGGAAGGACGGCCCUCCAUGUAGCUUUAAAAGAGUGCAGCAAUAAGACAGCAGAAUUGCUUGUCGAGGCAGACUCUACAAACAACAUUCAAGAUAAGGAUGGAAAGACUGCAUUACAUUAUGCAUCAGAGCACAAUCAUGAAGAAGUUGUAAGGAAGCUGGUGGCUUCAGGUGCUAACACCCGUCUUCAAGACAACACGGGAAAGACGGCCCUCCAUGUAGCUUUAAAAGAGCGCAGCCAUAAGGCAGCAGAAUUGCUUGUCGAGGCAGACUCUACAAACAACAUUCAAGAUAAGGAUGGAAAGACUGCAUUACAUUAUGCAUCAGAGCGCUUUUAUUAUGAAGAAGUUGUAAGGAAGCUGGUGGCUUCAGGUGCUAACACCCGUCUUCAAGACAACACGGGAAAGACGGCCCUCCAUGUAGCUUUAAAAGAGUGCAGCAAUAAGGCAGCAGAAUUGCUUGUCGAGGCAGACUCUGCAAACAACAUUCAAGAUAAGGAUGGAAAGACUGCAUUACAUUAUGCAUCAGAGCACAAUCAUGAAGAAGUUGUAAGGAAGCUGUUGGCUUCAGGUGCUAACACCCGUCUUCAAGACAACACGGGAAAGACGGCCCUCCAUGUAGAUUUAAAAGAGUGCAGCAAUAAGGCAGCAGAAUUGCUUGUCGAGGCAGACUCUGCAAACAACAUUCAAGAUAAGGAUGGAAAGACUGCAUUACAUUAUGCAUCAGAGCACAAUCAUGAAGAAGUUGUAAGGAAGCUGUUGGCUUCAGGUGCUAACACCCGUCUUCAAGACAACACGGGAAAGACGGCCCUCCAUGUAGCUUUAAAAGAGUGCAGCAAUAAGGCAGCAGAAUUGCUUGUCGAGGCAGACUCUGCAAACAACAUUCAAGAUAAGGAUGGAAAGACUGCAUUACAUUAUGCAUCAGAGCACAAUCAUGAAGAAGUUGUAAGGAAGCUGUUGGCUUCAGGUGCUAACACCCGUCUUCAAGACAACACGGGAAAGACGGCCCUCCAUGUAGCUUUAAAAGAGUGCAGCAAUAAGGCAGCAGAAUUGCUUGUCGAGGCAGACUCUGCAAACAACAUUCAAGAUAAGGAUGGAAAGACUGCAUUACAUUAUGCAUCAGAGCACAAUCAUGAAGAAGUUGUAAGGAAGCUGUUGGCUUCAGGUGCUAACACCCGUCUUCAAGACAACACGGGAAAGACGGCCCUCCAUGUAGCUUUAAAAGAGUGCAGCAAUAAGACAGCAGAAUUGCUUGUCGAGGCAGACUCUACAAACAACAUUCAAGAUAAGGAUGGAAAGACUGCAUUACAUUAUGCAUCAGAGCACAAUCAUGAAGAAGUUGUAAGGAAGCUGGUGGCUUCAGGUGCUAACACCCGUCUUCAAGACAACACGGGAAAGACGGCCCUCCAUGUAGCUUUAAAAGAGCGCAAGCAUAAGGCAGCAGAAUUGCUUGUCAAGGCAGACUCUACAAACAACAUUCAAGAUAAGGAUGGAAAGACUGCAUUACAUUAUGCAUCAGAGCGCUUUUAUUAUGAAGAAGUUGUAAGGAAGCUGGUGGCUUCAGGUGCUAACACCCGUCUUCAAGACAACACGGGAAAGACGGCGCUCCAUGUAGCUUUAAAAGAGCACAGCCAUAAGGCAGCAGAAUUGCUUGUCGAGGCAGACUCUACAAACAACAUUCAAGAUAAGGAUGGAAAGACUGCAUUACAUUAUGCAUCAGAGCACAAUCAUGAAGAAGUUGUAAGGAAGCUGGUGGCUUCAGGUGCUAACACCCGUCUUCAAGACAACACGGGAAAGACGGCCCUCCAUGUAGCUUUAAAAGAGCGCAAGCAUAAGGCAGCAGAAUUGCUUGUCAAGGCAGACUCUACAAACAACAUUCAAGAUAAGGAUGGAAAGACUGCAUUACAUUAUGCAUCAGAGCGCUUUUAUUAUGAAGAAGUUGUAAGGAAGCUGGUGGCUUCAGGUGCUAACACCCGUCUUCAAGACAACACGGGAAAGACGGCGCUCCAUGUAGCUUUAAAAGAGCACAGACAUAAGGCAGCAGAAUUGCUUGUCGAGGCAGACUCUACAAACAACAUUCAAGAUAAGGAUGGAAAGACUGCAUUACAUUAUGCAUCAGAGCGCUUUUAUUAUGAAGAAGUUGUAAGGAAGCUGGUGGCUUCAGGUGCUAACACCCGUCUUCAAGACAACACGGGAAAGACGGCCCUCCAUGUAGCUUUAAAAGAGUGCAGCAAUAAGACAGCAGAAUUGCUUGUCGAGGCAGACUCUACAAACAACAUUCAAGAUAAGGAUGGAAAGACUGCAUUACAUUAUGCAUCAGAGCACAAUCAUGAAGAAGUUGUAAGGAAGCUGGUGGCUUCAGGUGCUAACACCCGUCUUCAAGACAACACGGGAAAGACGGCCCUCCAUGUAGCUUUAAAAGAGUGCAGCAAUAAGACAGCAAAAUUGCUUGUUGAGGCAGACUCUACAAACAACAUUCAAGAUAAGGAUGGAAAGACUGCAUUACAUUAUGCAUCAGAGCACAAUCAUGAAGAAGUUGUAAGGAAGCUGGUGGCUUCAGGUGCUAACACCCGUCUUCAAGACAACACGGGAAAGACGGCCCUCCAUGUAGCUUUAAAAGAGUGCAGCAAUAAGACAGGAAAAUUGCUUGUCGAGGCAGACUCUACAAACAACAUUCAAGAUAACGAUGGAAAGACUGCAUUACAUUAUGCAUCAGAGCACAAUCAUGAAGAAGUUGUAAGGAAGCUGGUGGCUUCAGGUGCUAACACCCGUCUUCAAGACAACACGGGAAAGACGGCCCUCCAUGUAGCUUUAAAAGAGUGCAGCAAUAAGACAGCAAAAUUGCUUGUUGAGGCAGACUCUACAAACAACAUUCAAGAUAAGGAUGGAAAGACUGCAUUACAUUAUGCAUCAGAGCACAAUCAUGAAGAAGUUGUAAGGAAGCUGGUGGCUUCAGGUGCUAACACCCAUAAGGAUGGAAAGACUGCAUUACAUUAUGCAUCAGAGCACAAUCAUGAAGAAGUUGUAAGGAAGCUGGUGGCUUCAGGUGCUAACACCCGUCUUCAAGACAACACGGGAAAGACGGCCCUCCAUGUAGCUUUAAAAGAGUGCAGCAAUAAGACAGCAAAAUUGCUUGUCGAGGCAGACUCUACAAACAACAUUCAAGAUAAGGAUGGAAAGACUGCAUUACAUUAUGCAUCAGAGCACAAUCAUGAAGAAGUUGUAAGGAAGCUGGUGGCUUCAGGUGCUAACACCCGUCUUCAAGACAACACGGGAAAGACGGCCCUCCAUGUCGCUUUAAUAGAGCGCAGCAAAAAGGCAGCAGAAUUGCUUGUCGAGGCAGACUCUACAAACAACAUUCAAGAUAAGGAUGGAAAGACUGCAUUACAUUAUGCAUCAGAAUGCGAUUAUGAAGAAGUUGUAAGGAAGCUGUUGGCUUCAGGUGCUAAUACCCGUCUUCAAGACGACACGGGAAAGACGGCCCUCCAUGUCGCUUUAAUAGAGCGCAGCAAAAAGGCAGCAGAAUUGCUUGUUGAGGCAGACUCUACAAACAACAUUCAAGAUAAGGAUGGAAAGACUGCAUUACAUUAUGCAUCAGAAUGCGAUUAUGAAGAAGUUGUAAGGAAGCUGUUGGCUUCAGGUGCUAAUACCCGUCUUCAAGACGACACGGGAAAGACGGCCCUCCAUGUCGCUUUAAUAGAGCGCAGCAAAAAGGCAGCAGAAUUGCUUGUUGAGGCAGACUCUACAAACAACAUUCAAGAUAAGGAUGGAAAGACUGCAUUACAUUAUGCAUCAGAAUGCGAUUAUGAAGAAGUUGUAAGGAAGCUGUUGGCUUCAGGUGCUAAUACCCGUCUUCAAGACGACACGGGAAAGACGGCCCUCCAUGUAGCUUUGAAAGAGCAAAGCCAAAAAGCAGCAGAAGUACUUGCCGCGGCAGAUGCCGAAAACAACAUAAAAGAUGAAGAUGGAGAGACUGCUUUGCAUUACGCGUCAGAAAAUUCAUAUGUAGAAGUGGUCAAGAAGCUUUUGUUUUGUGACAUGAAUCCAUGCGUGAAUAAUAAUAAAGGGCUGUACCCUUUGAAAGUGGCUCUGAAUAAAGGAAAUAAUGAUGUUGCAAAAAUUAUUCUUUCGAUGUGUGCUCUGAGAGAUAUUUGUAUUGAUUGGAAAGACGUGGAUAGAUCCUUAUGCUGCUGGGGCCGAUGUCCGGAAUCGCUGAUAGAGGCAGAAGAAGCUGAAGAUUGCUGCAAACCUCGAGUCCCAUCUUGCUUGAUUGGAAAAGUUUUUUCUGCCAUCGCGUAUGACAGCGGAAGCUGCAUCAUCCUGGAGGACGAUACCUUCGAAAAUUGA